CACUGGCACCUCAAUACUUAUACUCGAGGAUAUAGAAACGGAGCAUCCAUUAUCUUGACACCAAAUGACCAAAAAACGGCACCAAAGCUUGUACUCGAAACCCGCCAGCACAGCUCCUCACUCCUUCUCAACAUCCACUGGCGCAACUGCAAGCGAUGCACCAUCAUCUGUCAACGACCUCCUGAAGACGCUGCGGCGAUCCUACAUCUCCCCCGAAACCAGCCAUGAAACAACCGUCCAAACACCCACACUGCCACCCUCCCUUCGAAACCUCCUCGACCUCCCCAACACCCCAACGCCGAGGCCUCGUCGGCCGCAGCGCCUAGAUGCAAAUGGUCGCAGACUACCUGCUGGUCCUGCAGCCCCGCAGAGCUGGCUCGAUUCGUCACGACACGCCCCCGAACCCGAGACAGAGAGCCAUGUCAUCCAAAGCAGCUGCCGGCCGGCACUGCACCACCUCCCUGGCAUAACACGAAAGCCGCGACCAGGGUCGUUGGUAGACUGCAGCUUGCGGCGCAUGGCGGAAGACUGGGACUUCCAGAACGAGUACAACCAAUACCAUCUAGCGACCCUACCGACGCGACUGCGCACCUUGCUGCUCUCUUAUAUCGCCCACUACGGACCCGUAGACGGGGUGGGAUAUCUUGGGCUGGAGCGGCUUUUGCAGCUCCCCGAAGACGACGAUAGUGGGCAAGAGGUCAACAAUGAGGACUUCACCAGGCUGGAUCUGGCAUCCGCCGUUGGAAGCUCUGUCAGCCUUAAACAUGUUAUGCGCCUCAUACAUCCACCGAUCAACGACUCCACUUCUGCGGCAGUGAGCUGGGAUGCUCCAUCACUACCUCAAAGCAUGCGCGCCUCGCCACUCAUAGGACUCACGCACGUCUCACUCGCCAACCCCGGCCUCGCCGCGUCAUGGGUUGCCCUACUGGCGUUUGCAGCCGCAACACCGACGCUCACACACGUAUCCCUUGCGUCCUGGCCAGCGCCAAACCUGACUCCGAAUGCAACGGCGGUUAACGCGAAGAUGACAGCGAGGGGCUCACCGGUGGUGAAUCUCGCGGCCGAGGACAGGUAUGCGCAUUCUAUCGACCUGGACUACUCAGCUGCUGCGGCGAUAUUGCGGAGGCUGGCGAGGAGGUGGUAUAGCCUUGAGUAUCUGGAUGUGGAUGGAUGCGCGGAGUGGUGGAAGGCUUUGUAUUGGGGCACGGAAGAGGAGGGUAUUGACUGGGCUGGUGACUGGGUGAGAGUGAGGUGCAUCAGUAUGAGGAAUGUGGAGGGGAGUCGGAGGGUUCGUACGAGUAGCCCGUUCGGCAAGUCAGCGGCGGCAAAGACGUUUGUUAGAGAGUUUGAAGCGUAUGUGAGGAAGCAUAGGGGCUGGAUCGAUAUUAUUAAAGAUGAGGAUAAUGUGGUAUGAGGUUGUUAGUAUGGGUAUGGUUACAGCCGUAGGCUGUACCCGGAGUGUGGCAUGGAACUCUACGUUCAUUUUGUCGGAACAGUCGAUAAUAAUAGCAUCAGCGGGGUGUUUGGGAUAAGGGGCGAUGAUAAAAUAGGGCUUUGACUUGUGUAGAAUAUGCAUAUAGUAUAGUUUGAGCGGCAUCACUCAUAUUCUCCCAAAAUAACUCCUGCUAUCGAU